CCCACUGGACACACUGCCCUCCCGGAGCCGGACUCUGAACCCGACAGGAUGCGCCGGUCUGGCCUCUGUGGCCACCGCCCCCUCCUCCUCCUGCUGCUGCUCUCAACUGCCACCUCUGCUAGCAGCCCCAGCCCCACCCCCAGCUCUAGCCAGGCCGUAGAGGACAAGGUGGUCCCGGGCCACCAGGCCGGUGUUGCUGCCUGUCUCUGCUGCCUAGGCCAGACACCUAGGAGGAACCGCUGUCCCAGAGCUUUUUGCAGGCUCCGAAACUGCCCACGUGACAGGUGCACAGACCUCCAGGGGUGCCUGACCCCAACACCUCCAGUGUCCAGCCCCAGCCCGGUGGAGAAGAGACAGGUGUCCCUCAACUGGCAGCCACUGACUUUGCAGGAGGCCCGAGCUCUGCUGAGGCAAAGGCGUCCCCGAGGGCCGUGGGCCCGGGCAUUGCUGAAAAGGAGGCCCCCACAUCGCGCCCCUGCCGGCCAGGCCCGGGGUAAGAACAUCCGCCCUUCCUCCGUGUAG